GCGCUGUGAGGGGGGGAGAGGGAGGAACCAUUCAACACUGCGUGGGGGGGCGGAACAAAAGAGGGGAGCGAUUUAAAGAGACAGGGAGGCGGCAAAGCGGGCUGGCUGCCGGGAGGCGAACCGAAGGCGGGAGCGAGAACACGCCCCUCUCGCCGCGUCUCCUCAGCCGCCGCCGCCAGGAUUUCCCUCGCUCCCUCCCCCUCCUUUUUGCGAGGCCUCCGUGAGGGCGGGGAGACGGACGGACGGACUGACUGAGGGGAGGCCGCCCGACCGACCGCCGCCGCCGCAUUUCUCCCCCUCAGUCGCCGCCGCCUCCUCAUCUUUGUGCCUCCGCGGCGGCGGCGGCGGCGCUUUGUUCGGAGCGGCCGGGGGCGGGGCGGCGCUGAGGGAAGCGAGCGAGGGAAGCCGCCCCUCCCUCCCCCCGCGGUCGGCGGAGGCCCUGGGGGUGGCCGGCCCGCCCGCCCGCAGCGCCCCCCCCCCCUCCGAGAGGCGAGAGGGCGGCGGACCGGCUCCCCCUCCCCUCGGCGGCGGGGGGAGGGGCCCCUCCGUCCCCCUCCCCCCGUCCCUCCCUCCCUCCGGCUUCUCGUGUGUGAUUUUUGUGUGGAUGUGAUCCCCCCUCCUCGCCUCCCUCCUCCUCCUCUUCCUCCUUUUCUCCGCUUCCGCCAUCUCCUCCCUCCCUCCCCUUCCCAAAUCUGAGCCUCGCCUCCCCCCGCGCCGCCGCCACCCCGGAGUCUGUGAGCAGCAGAGCCGUCGUGCCGGCGGGGCGGGCGGAUUGAUGUGGGGGGGUCUGACAUGAGUCCGCCGGCCGCCGGGUGCUGCCAUGUGACCGGCUUCAAGGUGGAGAACUGGAAGCAGAACCUGCGAGUGAUCUACCAGUGCUUCGUGUGGAGCGGGUCGGCCGAGACCAGGAAGCGCAAGGCAAAGUCGUGCAUCUGUCAUAUGUGUGGUGCCCAUCUGAAUAGACUUCAUUCUUGCCUGUACUGUGUCUUCUUUGGCUGUUUUACAAAGAAACACAUUCACGAGCACGCGAAGGCAAAGCGACACAACUUGGCCAUAGACCUUUUGUAUGGGGGUAUAUACUGCUUUAUGUGUCAAGAUUACAUAUACGACAAAGAUAUGGAACAAAUUGCCAAAGAAGAACAACGGAAAGCUUGGAAGCUACAAGCCUUCACUCCAACAAUGGUUUCUCACUACCAGUGUACAAUGACAGGUAUUGGAGAGAAGUAUUCAACAUGGGAGCCAACCAAACGAGAGCUAGAGCUGCUUCGACACAACCCCAAGCGGAGGAAAAUAACUACAAACUGCACGAUAGGUCUAAGAGGGCUAAUCAAUCUUGGGAACACAUGUUUUAUGAACUGUAUUGUCCAAGCACUUACCCACACUCCACUACUGCGAGAUUUUUUCCUCUCCGACAGACACAAAUGUGAAAUGCAAAGUCCCAGCUCAUGUCUGGUCUGUGAAAUGUCUACGCUUUUUCAGGAGUUCUACUCUGGGCACCGAUCUCCUCACAUUCCAUAUAGGUUACUGCACCUGGUAUGGACGCAUGCACGGCAUUUAGCAGGGUACGAGCAACAGGACGCACACGAGUUCCUCAUUGCUGCGUUAGAUGUACUACAUCGACACUGCAAAGGUGAUGAUAAUGGAAAGAAAGCCAACAACCCGAACCAUUGUAACUGCAUCAUAGACCAAAUCUUCACAGGUGGACUUCAGUCGGAUGUCACUUGCCAAGUCUGCCAUGGUGUUUCCACAACGAUAGACCCAUUCUGGGACAUCAGUUUGGACUUGCCGGGUUCUUCUACCCCAUUUUGGCCUCUGAGUCCAGGCAGCGACGGCAGCGUGGUGAAUGGGGAGAGCCACAUGUCAGGAACCACCACCCUCACAGACUGCUUGCGAAGGUUUACGAGGCCAGAACAUUUAGGAAGCAGUGCCAAAAUCAAAUGUAGUGGUUGCCAUAGCUACCAGGAAUCUACCAAACAACUCACUAUGAAGAAAUUACCCAUUGUGGCCUGUUUUCAUCUCAAACGGUUUGAACACUCAGCCAAAUUGAGGCGAAAGAUCACUACGUAUGUCUCCUUUCCGUUGGAGCUGGACAUGACACCAUUCAUGGCCUCAAGUAAAGAGAGCAGGAUGAAUGGGCAGUAUCAGCAACCAGCGGAUAGUCUAAACAACGAUAAUAAGUAUUCCUUGUUUGCAGUAGUUAAUCACCAAGGAACCCUGGAGAGCGGGCACUAUACCAGCUUCAUUCGGCAACACAAGGACCAGUGGUUCAAAUGUGACGACGCCAUCAUCACCAAGGCUAGCAUUAAGGAUGUACUAGACAGCGAAGGAUAUUUGCUGUUCUAUCACAAACAGUUCCUGGAAUAUGAAUAGCCUUAUCCAGCAGCUUGAGAGAGAAAAAUGAAAGGAAGCAUAAUGAAUGGCAGCCUUCUGAAAGGAAAAAAAAAGACACACAAACCUACCUGAAAUGAAAAGACACCCAUUCGACACCAAGCACUGAGCUGCAAACAGGACCUGCUUGCCGCUGGCUCACGGCCUAGCGGAGUAAGAAACGAACCCAUGUUCCACCAUGUAUGCAGUCCUGCAAGGACAGAAGAGGGGGGGAAAUGUAAAAGAGGCUACAGGCAGUGACUUUUUGAGAGAGGAAAUAUAAUAAUGAAAAGAUUGCUCUGGGUUGGGGGGAAAAUGGGAGCCCGCACGCUGGCAGCAUCUCCCUAAAUUCCUCGGAAAAUGUGUGUGGGAAGGCCGGGGGGUUGUGUACUCUCAUCUCCAUAAAAGCAUCUUCUCCAUUGGUGCUUCUGCUCCAACUUUGACCAGUCAUACAACAGUUAUAAUUUAAAUACAAAAAUCAAAACCUGAACCCAAGCCCCCCCCCCCUUUUUUUUAAAUGCCUAUGCGUCCGAACGCAGUAAAAAUGGAGGAGAAUUGGGACGACGCAACGAAAAUGGACUUUGCAAGUACCUUUUUAUUUGUGAAUUUUAGUUAUUAAAUAAAUACAGUAUGAAAUUA